CAUGUGAUGUAUGGGCAUGUGUUGAUAUGGCACAAUAAAUAAUCAAAUUUAAAUUCCUGGGCACUGCCCAUAGCAGAACAUUAGUUUUAUAGGCAAAUCACCCAGGGAACAAUAUCAAAGGAGAAGGGCGGGCUCCACUCCCAGCCUGGGACUAUAGCGUCUAGACCUAGGGAGCAGGCAGUUUAUAGUGGGAGGCUGGGGUGCAUUUCCAGACGUCCCAGCUCCAGUUACGCGGGGCACUUGCCCGUUGGGAGCGGUUCUCUUGCAGCUCUGAGGAGGACACAGCUCAGGAUGGGGCUGUGCAAACUUUUACUCACGUCCGAGCGCUCCAAACGCCGGGCAGUGACGACUGGGGAGGAGGAUGUUGCCGACUGACAUAGUAACUCCGCUCGCUCGCUCCUCUCAGCCAGUGUGGCUGGGAGCUGCUGGCGGCCGCGGUGGUGGCUGCUGGACCCGCGCCUGGCUGGCAGCGUGGAGGGAGCCCGGGCCGCUGCUGCCCUCCUGCAGCGGGCUGGAGACGCCGGGCAGCCCGAGCGUUUCUUCUGCCGGCUCCAUGGCGGCCCGGGAGCGGCCCUGAAGGAGCCCGGUGCCCCAGCCUGGCCGCCCCAAGGCAGCGGAGCAGCGGCAGCCGGGCGCGGGACGCACCGCUGACGGGGAGGGUGAGGCUGGAAGAGCCGGCGCUGCCUGUGGGGGCGCCCGGGUGUCUGCGGCUCCCCGGCCCCUCCAAGCUGCGGCGCGAAGCUCAGAGACCCCCGGGAACAGCAUGAGCCGCGGCCAGCCCUACGUGCCGCGGCCAGGCAGCUCCCCGGCCAGGCCGGGCCGCCGGACCGGGAGCCAGGACUAUCUGCUCCUGGCCUCGGGGCUGUGCGAGGAGAACCCGCUGCCGCCCUACGCCUACUACCCCGGUCGAGGUACUGAGAAUAGGCUAGCAGUUCGACGCCAGACCAUACUCCGGGAGAAGGGCAGAAGGCUGGCCAAUCGAGGACCAGCAUACAUGUUUAAUGAUCGUUCCACAAGCCUUUCUCUUGAUGAGGAGCGUUUUUUGGAUGCAGCAGAAUAUGGGAAUAUUCCCGUGAUUCGUAAAAUGCUGGAAGAGUGUACUUCACUAAAUGUGAACUGUGUGGAUUACAUGGGGCAGAAUGCUUUGCAGCUCGCAGUCGCCAAUGAGCAUCUGGAGAUUACAGAACUUUUACUGAAGAAGGAGAACCUCUCCCGGGUUGGGGAUGCCUUGCUGUUGGCUAUUAGUAAAGGUUAUAUUCGGAUAGUGGAAGCCAUCCUAAAUCAUCCUGCAUUCGCUGAAGGCAAGAGACUUGCAUUAAGUCCCAGCCAAUCAGAAUUCCAGCAUGAUGACUUUUAUGCAUAUGAUGAGGAUGGAACCCGGUUCUCCCAUGAUGUUACCCCAAUCAUUCUGGCUGCUCACUGCCAUGAAUAUGAAAUUGUCCACACCCUUCUGAGAAAAGGUGCUCGUAUUGAAAGGCCACAUGAUUAUUUCUGCAAAUGCAGUGAGUGCAGUGAGAAGCAAAAACAUGACUCUUUCAGCCAUUCUAGGUCCAGAAUCAAUGCCUACAAAGGUCUGGCGAGCCCUGCGUACCUCUCCUUAUCCAGUGAAGACCCGGUAAUGACUGCCUUAGAACUUAGCAAUGAGCUGGCUGUGCUUGCAAACAUUGAAAAAGAAUUCAAGAAUGAUUACAAAAAAUUGUCUAUGCAAUGCAAGGAUUUUGUAGUUGGACUUCUCGAUUUGUGCAGAAAUACUGAAGAAGUGGAAGCUAUUUUGAACGGAGAUGUGGAGAUGAGCCAUAGUAGUGGAGAACGUGGUCGUCCCAGUCUUAGCCGCUUAAAACUUGCCAUUAAGUAUGAAGUCAAAAAAUUUGUAGCACAUCCAAACUGCCAGCAACAACUUCUCUCAAUCUGGUAUGAGAAUCUCUCAGGUUUACGUCAGCAGACCAUGGCAGUGAAGUUUCUAGUUGUUCUUGCAGUUGCAGUAGGGCUGCCAUUCCUGUCAGUGGUUUACUGGAUUGCUCCAUGCAGCAAGCUGGGGAGGAUAAUGCGUGGACCAUUUAUGAAGUUUGUAGCACAUGCAGCCUCUUUCACAAUUUUUCUUGGGCUGCUAGUCAUGAAUGCAUCUGACAGAUUUGAAGGCACCAAACUCCUACCUAAUGAAACUAGAACAGAUAAUGCAAAACAGCUGUUCAGAAUGAAAACAUCCAGCUUCUCAUGGAUGGAGAUGCUCAUUAUCUCUUGGGUAAUAGGCAUGAUAUGGUCUGAAUGUAAAGAAAUUUGGUCUCAAGGGCCCAAGGAAUAUCUGUUUGAGUUAUGGAAUAUGCUUGAUUUUGGUAUGUUGGCCAUUUUUGCAGCAUCAUUCAUUGCAAGGUUUAUGGCAUUUUGGCAUGCUUCCAGAGCCCAGGGCAUUGCUGAUGCAAAUCCAGGUGCACCAUUGGAUUCCAAGACACAAUACUACACAUUCGCCAGAAUAAACUGGGAUCCAUCUGAUCCACAAAUCAUAUCUGAAGGCCUGUACGCAAUUGCUGUUGUUUUAAGUUUCUCCAGAAUAGCCUACAUUCUCCCAGCCAAUGAAAGCUUUGGACCUCUACAGAUAUCACUUGGCAGAACUGUGAAAGACAUCUUCAAGUUCAUGGUAAUAUUUAUCAUGGUGUUUGUGGCCUUCAUGAUAGGAAUGUUCAAUCUCUAUUCCUACUACCGUGGGGCCAAACAAAACGAAGCAUUCACAACAGUUGAAGAAAGUUUUAAGACAUUGUUCUGGGCUAUAUUUGGACUUUCAGAAGUGAAAUCAGUUGUCAUCAAUUAUAGACACAAAUUUAUUGAGAAUAUCGGUUAUGUCCUUUAUGGAGUCUAUAAUGUUACUAUGGUCAUUGUUUUAUUGAACAUGCUAAUUGCAAUGAUCAACAGCUCUUUCCAGGAGAUUGAGGAUGAUGCUGAUGUGGAAUGGAAGUUUGCUAGGGCUAAACUCUGGUUUUCCUACUUUGAAGAGGGGAGAACUCUUCCUGUACCAUUCAACCUAGUGCCAACUCCAAAAUCUUUGCUUUAUCUCUUACUCAGAAUAAAAAAAUGGAUCUCUAAAGUAUUCCCAUGUCAUAAGAAAGGUUUUCAGGAAGAUGCAGAGAUGAAUAAGCUUGGACAAAGUAAGCAAUCAAGUAUAAGAAGUGCAGAUGAUCUCCAUUUAGAUAGUUUAAGUAAUCCUCCACGACAGUACCAGAAGAUAAUGAAGCGUCUCAUUAAAAGAUAUGUACUGAAAGCUCAGACAGACAAGGAGAGUGAUGAAGUCAAUGAAGGUGAACUGAAGGAAAUUAAACAGGACAUCUCAAGUCUUCGUUAUGAACUUCUUGAGGAAAAAUCUCAGAACACAGAAGACCUGGCAGAACUCAUUAGAAAACUUGGGGAGAAACUUUUGAUUGAGCCCAGAGCAGAAGAAAGCUAACCUAAACAUUUAAAUAACAAACCAAAAAUCCAACAAUCCACUUCAAGCCAUAUUUAUCCUCCCUUAAUUUUUCAAACUAAGUUCACAUUUUUAGAACAGAUCAAGAAAUGAAAUUAUUCCAGUUCUUUAAUGAAAAACUGCAGUUGGCUAACCCCUUACAUCUGUGAUUGACAAAAAAUGUCAUUUGAGGAAAGAUAUUUAUUUAUUUUACCCCCUUCCAGAGAAAAAAUAAUCUUAGAUUACUCAAUGUGCAAUUUCCUUCUUUCCAAAUGUAUCAGCUAAGGCUUCAGUAGACCACGUAUUAAACUGUUGGUUCUGUAAAUCUAAAUUCCUCAUAUCUUAACCUCUUAUUAUAUUUUCUAUAGCCUUUCUGUAUUCCUUUCCUAAAUAUACAUGAGUAUAAUUGAAUGAAAUGGAAGAGAAGAAGGCCUAUAAGGCCUAGUCCAAAACCACCCCAAUCAAAAUCCAUUUAUUUUUCAAAAGAAAAUGUUCCCAAAUAGGGGGGGAAGCCUUUCUGCUCAAUUUGCAAAUAAAAUUCAAAGCCAUGGAAGUAAUUUAUUUUGAACAUGUUUCCUUGUGGAUGUUUGUCAUGACAUCCUGUGAGCUGCCUCCUUACCACUCAUCCCACUAUGUUUUCAACAAACUAAUCCUGAGCUAUCCUUCCAGGAAGCUGCAUUCCAGUGGGAGUUACUGCAUUUAGAAAAUAACACCUUUCACAAAGUUUUAUUGAAAAGCUAUUGUUGAGAUCCGAAACAAAGUCCCCAAUCCAAAUCUGCCUGAACCUUGGAGAAGUUCUGAUCUGUCUCCAGCUUCUGAGCUUCCCCAAUUUCUAUAAUGUCUUGAACCACACCAGCAGCUCUGAACACUCCCAAAUUUUAGAGGAGUUUACAUCUGGAUCAUUUUGUUGGUUGACAUUUCCAUCUAGGAAGGACCAAACUAAACUCUAGAUGCUAACCUCUCUGAGUUCUUGGAAGCUUUUGCAUCUGUAUAUGAACAUCUUCAAAUUUUAAAUAAUUUGUUUAAGUAACAGGGUUUUAUCUGGGCCCAUUUCUAGUAAAAAGAAAAUCAUAGUUUGACAGUAAUAGCUUUUGAAUAAACUUUGUGGAGCUUUUUUUUUUUUUUUGUAGAAGGUAUCAGAAUCUAAACAUCUCCAUCUCUUCCUUUUAUACAGGAGGUUUUAAAAAAAGUCAUUGCCCAGGAAAUUUGUUACAGAUUAUGGUUUUUAGUGUCUAACUGAGUGAGCUGAAAAAUAAUUUUAUUGGUCAAAUCAUAAUUAUUUUGGAAGGGGGAUAAACUAUAAGUACAUGAUGGAGGUGGGGCUUCUGUCUUUUCUGGAGUGUAAUCCAAGUUGUUAUUAAGGUCAGCAUUCCUAGAGUACAUCCACUUUGAUCCAUAAAAGUUCUGUGAUUCUGUGAAACUUCUUAGCCUUACCAGCUCAGUUAAUAAUGGAUAGUGUGGGACAAACUAUGUAUUGCAGGUCUCAGACUCAAUGAACUCAGGGUUUAGAAACUUUCAAGGGCCUCUCUCAGGGAGGAGAAGGAAAAAGAGUUUUUCAGAGGUGCCAGAACAGUGUCAUUAUAAUUAUGCAUGAACCCACAGUGGCUAAGGGUGGGGAAAACUAUGGCACCCACAGUGGCCACCCUUAACCUUAAUCACUUGCCUUAGAUAAUUAAAAACCAUGAUCUCUUUAUCUGCUGUAUUCCCUGUUGUGAGGAUAGGGAUUACUGCAAACACUGAGAUGCCCUUAUCUCUGUCUCAGGCUUUACGGCCUACUUUUUACAUUGACCAGUGAACCUAAAGCAUUUUUUGACUCCCAUUGGAAGUCAAUGGGAGUUAGACACUUUGAUGCCCUUUCUAAGUCCCAGCCCAUAUAGUUAGGCCAAAAUUAGACUUUGAUUUUGUAUGUCCAACUCAAAAAAACUUUGGGCCUGAUUUUCAGAGAUUAGUGCUUCCCACUCCAGUGGGAGCUCAAAGUGCUCAGCUCCUCUGAAAUCAGGCCUAAUUUGUCCAGAGCAGGUCUCCCAAAAUCAGCAAACUCUUUUGAAAAUUUGGCUGCUAAAAUCUUUAGAUAACAAUUGCAACAGAAUUAUCCUUUCAAUAUUAGAAAUUCUUGAGGAUGUUCAUUCUGAUUUACAAUUUGGAUCCAUAACAUAUAAUGUUAAAUCAUGAUUAAAUCUUGAAACUGCAUAAACCUAAUAUGAGGAAAAUGUUUACUAAAUAGAUAACAAGGAAAAAAAUAGGUACUAUUGAAGUGAAUAUUUUUAUUGCAGAGGUUAAAUGAACGCUGUAAAUAUGUUUAAGCCCACAUUUUGACUUUCCUUAAAACUGAAGGACCGUAAUGUACAUAUUGUAUUUCAUGAAGAUAUGCAUAUGGAUUUUUUUUAUUCAGUGAAGAUAUUUUUAUGUGGUUAUUACAAAUGGAAGAACUUAUUAAAUGUAUCGAAGCAGUCCAAUGCCAAAUGCAGUAUGACAGACAAUGUAGUAAUUCAAAUAAGCACCACACCAAAUACAUUAUGAGAUAAAUUAAAAUGUACCAGACUCAAAAUACCUGUGUGACACGUUGUCUGAACCUGUUGAUCACUUUGGCUACUUUUGCUUUACAGACAAUAAUAAUACAAAUAUGGCUGGAGGCUAUAAUUCACUAGCAAACAAUCACCCAUUGUUACCCCGAAAACAGAAUAUAAAUUUUUCCCAAAGUUUUUCCUCAAAAUAGCCUACCUGUUAUAACCCGUCUUUUCUGCUCAGGUAUGGGUCUCCAGGGUAGCUAAGGAAUAUCUUAGAGUACACUGAUGCAGCCUUCUGAUAAAUGAUUAACACAAGAAGUAUUCUUCCCAAAACAAAGCACCCUUCAUUGGUGUAAACACAAAUCCCUAACACAACACCACCCCUUAUUGGUGUUAUAAAUCACAAAUCCCCCAUAACAAGCUAGAGAUGAUCCCAAAUCACAUUGCCUUAUAGUUUGGAGUGGUACUAAGUGGCUGUGCCCGGCUUCAGUAUGAAGUUGAGUGCAUUGGAAAUAGUGCUGUAAUGUGGUAUGCCUUCUGCAGAGUUCUGACAAGCAGAUAUUAGCAACAGUAAGCAAAGCAACUGUGAAUCAAGCCUAUGAGCAGAAUAUGUAAGGAGAGAAUGUAAGAAUCAGUGGCUGUCUCAUCCGUUUGUUCGCUUUGCCCAUGCGGUUUGUCUAUUUAGUCCAGUGAGAGGGAGAAGACCAAGAACAAGAGAAACCAGAGGGAGAACUUCUAAGAACUGUUAAACUCGGCUUUCAUUGACAAAACGGUGGAGACUGUGACAUACUACAGUGCUCUUCCCACUGACAAAACUUGACUGCUUUGCCGACAAAAUAAAAUCACAUAGACAAGAGGCAUAGAGGUGUUUGCAGCAAAGUUAGAUUGACAGAGUGUCAGCGUAGAACUGCACUUGGUUAUGUCAUCAUAAAUGGCUUCCAAGUGGUGUCCAACAAUGCCCAUCCUGAUCGCUCUAGUCAGCAGUUCGAACUCCGCUGCCCUGCACCCACAUGCACAAGCAUCUUCCUUGCCCCCUUUAAAGGACCAGGAAUUUUUGAAUUCCGCUUCCUGUUUACUCGGCGUGGAGAGCUCACAUCGCAUUUUCACAGUUGACCAUGGCAGCCUCAUGCAUCAAAUGUUCUCCUGCUUGGAGCACAUCACGGUUGUUGGAUCUGCAGGGUCUGUGGGGAGAGAGGCUGUGUAGUCCCAGCACCACUCCAGGCAUAGGCACUUUGAUACCUAUGGUCAGAUUUCUUGUGGCAUGUUGGAUAAGGGCUAAGAGCGGGACAUGAAUCAGUGCCAUGUGAAGAUAAAGGAGCUGAGCAGGCAUACUAGAAGGCAAGGGAGUCAAAUUAUUACUCUGGUGCUGCACUGAAGACCUGCCGUUCUGUAAGGAGCUGGAUGCCAUCCUCCAUGGCAACCCCACCUUCACCAUCAAAAACCCCAUGAAUACUUUGGCAGGGCUGGAAACAGCGGCCAGCAGACUUGACCUUGAGGAUGAAGUGGUGGAUGAGGAAGUGGAGUUGGAGGAUAAGAUGGGACAGGUAACAGGGUCAUCUGAAACUGGCAAGCCAGGACCUCUUCUCAACCUCAGAGGGGUCAAGCUAGUCUGAUCACUGUGUCUCUGGUGCACAUGAUGCAAGAGAGGGGAGCUCUAGUAAGUGCUCAUUUUGAUUUGAUGCUGCUCGGUUACAUGAGAUAGAGCUAUCCUUUGCUUUGCAAUAUGCUAGAAGUGAGUUGAGGGAUAGACAUUUACAAGACUAGCUGUAUUUGCAUCUGCUUCACAUUCCCUCUGAUGCAGCUACACAGUGGGGGCUCUGAGGAAGAGUGUGUUAAUGCACACCGAGAUUUAACAGGAAUCCUCCAGAAAGAUCGCUUGGAAACUUUCCUGGAAGUACUCACCAAUCUUCUGCUAAAGGUUCUUUGGCAGAGCUGCUUUGUUCUUUCCCCUAUUGUGGGAAACUUUCCCCAUGCUAACUGGCAAUCACUUGUGCAGAGAUGAAACUGGCAUGUAGGAAAGCAGCAUAAGGACCAGGUCUGAAGAUGCAUGCAUGCAGGAGAUCCCCCCUUGCAUCCUCGCUUACCCUCAGGAGUGAGAUAAUGGCUUCAAUGAUCCUGUGGAAAUUGGUGGCAGAAUUUACAAUAUUGUCCCUCGUCACUUCAAGUAAUCUUCUUAAAAAAACACCAAGAGCCUUUGCCCCAUUUUCAGCACACACACACACCCCAGCCAAACUCAUCAUAUUUAGUGAAUAUGCCAAGCUGUGUGUGUCAUAAACAGAUAGUUAAGGGUUAAUGUCUCUUUUACCUGUAAAGGGUUAAGAAGCUUAGUAAA